CUCGCUACGGACUCUCUGACAUAUAACCCCCUGCCCAUUGGCCACUUCCAACAAUCCCUUCCUGGUGUUUGUAUCUGAUCAUCGAUCUUCUAUACUUCGGAGUCUCAUCAUCUCUUUGAGCCAUCCUGUAACAACUACAACGCCCUCAUGGCCUCCGCCACAGGCAUCCCCCAGCUGCAUCCCGACAGCAUCGAUUCCCGCGAGGAUUCUCCGCUGUUGUCUACUCCCGGCAAUGGGCUUCAGUCCGACGACGACAAUGCUUCUUUGUAUCCCAACCUCUACAGAGGCACUGCCCUCGCUGCCCAAGUAGGCAUCUUGCUGAUCACCAUCCUCGUCUGGACCGGCAUCCUCUCGCAUCCUCUCAUCUUCUUCUCCCCGCACCCACUCCUCAACUCCGCCGCCCUCCUCCUCCAAAUCCAAGCCGCCCUCAUCCUCCAGCCGACCGCCACCGCCGCCCAAAAACGCCGCGGCACCGUCGUCCACUACACCAUCCAAGCCCUGAGCGUGCUGAGCUUCCUGGCCGCCUUCCUCAUCAUCGAGAUCAACAAGGGCGACCACGCCCGGCUCACCUCCCCGCACGGCGUGUUGGGACUGAUCACCUACAUCGUGAUCAUCCUGCAGGCGGUCGGCGGCGUGGUGCAGUACUUCCUGCCCCGACAGGUCUUGGGCAGUGUCGACCGCGGCAAGACGCUGUACAAGUACCACCGCCAGUCCGGGUAUCUGCUGCUGGUGCUGGAGUUGGCGACGGUGGCCGCGGCGACGCAGACGACGUACAACGUCAAUGUGUUGGAUAUUCCGCUGUGGGGGGUGCUGAUUGGGGCGGUUUUGGUGGUGGUUGGCGUUGGGGCGAGGAUUCGGAAGCAUAAAUUGGGGUUUUAGGGGUGGCAGUUGGGGAGGGGGUAAAUAGGGACUAUAGGAGAGGGGAAGAGGUGUGGUAUAGUUGGUUUGGGGUGGGACUAUAUGAGUGAGUAGCUUUGGAAAGGAUAUGACUUUGGCACCGAUUGUUUCUCGGCAUAGCAUGUAUGCAGCCGAUAUAGUGUAAAUCCCCGAUCGGGAAAGGUGGUGCGGGCCCGCGAUGGCAUGUCUGCUCCGCCCAUGGUCGACCCAUCAAUAAUCUCCAGCUCUCUUCCGCU